GGGGCGCCUCCCUCCAGGACUCUUCCUUUCCCAGGGUAUGUCUGUGUGAUCGGACUUUCCUGCCCGCUCUGUUCCGUGGAGGAAAACGUGUAUCUGCGGCGGCGCGCCUCACCUCCGCUGCUCCACAACCAACAACGUUUUAUCGGGAAGACUUUUAAAACUUUCUGCUUAGUGUUGGACCUGAGCUGAUCUAAAAUGUCGGUUCAGACGACUCACAAGACGACUACCACCUCGUACCGGAGCAGCAACCUGGCCUCUCAGGAGCAGAGUCCGACUUCCACCACGUACCGGACUCUCUCCGUGGCGUCACCGGAACCCACGGCCACGACGUACCGGACCCUGUCUGUGGCGUCACCGGAACCCACGACCACCACGUACCGGACCCUGUCUGUGGCGUCACCGGAGCCCACGACUACCACGUACCGAACCCUGAGAGUCGCGACACCGGAACCCGCGACCAGCGCGGUGAUCUCUGCGGCCCCCGUGUCACCGCUGCCCGUGUCACAGAUGCAGUACGCCGUGAACGGGUCCUACGAUGUCCGGUACCUGGUCCCCGUGCAGACCGCCGUGCAGCAGCCGUCCUACGUUUUCAUGCAACAGCCCAUGAUCCAGCAGCCCGUCAUGCAGCCCGUUUACGUGCAGAGUGUCCCGCAGCUCAGCGUCAGCAGCACUGAAACUGAUCACGUGUUCCAGCGGCAGACCCUGGAGAGCAUCAGUGGGAAGUCCUCAGUCUUCAGUCAGUCAUCGAGUCCCAUCAAGAGCCCGGUCCCCAGCAUGGAGGAAGAGGAGGAGGAAGAGGAGGAGGAAGAGACCGUGGAGUUGGAGGAGGUUGAGAUCGUGAACGUCAUUCAGAACAAGGCCCCUCCAGUCCUGGAGAAGAUCUCGCGGACGGAGGUGAAGACCUGCCUGACGGAGGUGCCGCCGCCCACCAAACUGGACACCAGAUACUUCGGAGAGCUGCUCGCCGAGGUUUACCGCAAGAACUGUGACAUCCACUCCUGCAUCUCCGAGCACGUGUCCAAGAUCAAGGGACAGAAAUUGGACAGCUACGAGUACAAGAUGGAGCGUGACCAGGUGGAGGCGCUCAUUCCCAAAGGAGCGACUGAACUCACUAAACAACAAAUGCGCUACUUACUCCAGACUCGUCUGACGGCGGAUAAGAGCAUGCGCCUGCUGCUCUCCACCUUCAGCACCCUGAGAGAGGAGCUGCUGCACAUGUCCGAGGACCUGCGGCGUCUGGAGGCAGAGAAGGAGACUCUGGAGCGGGACCUGGCCUUCAGAGCGGAUCAGGCCAAACAGUACAACUCUCUCCUGGAGAACGUGCGCGAGAACAACAGACAGCUGCAGAACUCUCUGAAGGAGGCGACGGUCUCUCAGCGCGCUCUGGAGUCUCAGCUCAUGAGCUGCAAGAAUAACGACUCCAGUCGAGACUUUAAGCUGAAGGAGCUGGAGGGACGUCUGCACACGCUCGAGAAAGAAAACGAGAUACUGCGCUCAAAGUUGGCCGGACAGGCGAGCAGCUCCUCUCUGCAGAUAAAGACGGAGGAGCUUUCCCGCCAGUACCGCGAGGACCUGAACUCCAUGAAAGAAGAGAAGGACCGUGAGAUCGAGAAGCUCAAGUCCCAGAUUUCUCGCCUGCAGACCCGCGUGACCUCCUCCACCACCACCACCACACAGAGCUCGUCCGCGGGGAGGAGCCUGGAGCUGAAGAUCUCCGAGCUGCUCGCCACACUGAGCCAGAGAGAGUCCACCAUCACCCGGCAGGAGGCGGAAAUCAAGAGGCUGCUACAAGAGAGAAACGACAGCUCCAAGAAUGUCACAAGGACCACCAUUACCAAGAGAUACAGUAAUCAGUAUCCCCUCCUGGCUCUGCUGGGUGAUGACUACGUGACGAGCCCGUCCACACUGCACUCGCUGCAGGAGGACAGAACUGUCGUCAUCGAGAGAACUUGAGAAAGCGUCAGAAACAGGAAUGAUCGAUCGACCGUGGAUCUGACCAGCGCCUGACCCAGUGCACGCUCCUCCCCCUAAACCCCGCCCCCUUUUCCCUCUCCUUUUACCCAGAAUGCCCUGCUCUGCUCUGCUCUGGGCUCAGGCCGAUGGUGGUGGUGUGGUUCAGUUUGUGGCUCAAAUCGGGGUGUGUUUUGGGGGUGGCUUUGCGAAAAAAAAUGGGUCCAAUCAAAUCCUUGUAUGGUUAAACUGUGCUGCGAAUUUAAAGCUGCAUUGCGUAAUUUUUCCUGGUUGGGGGGUCCCUCACCUGCUUGAUUCUAAAGAUAUGUCAUUCCUGUGCUUGGAAUGUUCCACAGUAUGACUUUUAAACAGCUCUAGUUUACAUUUAUUCAAUUUAAAUGUGGUUUUAUGGCUCAAAAAUACCGAGAAAAACAACAUUCUGACUGUGAGCGGGGUCUCCUCUACACAGAUCUGACCUGUAACUUAAUGCCAUACUGUGAAACAUUCUGAACAAAGUGAUAACAUCUCCGUAGAGACAAGCAUUUGACAGAGCCUCCACCAGAAAAGCUACACAAUGCACCUUUUAAUAAACAAAUCUACAGAGCUUGUUUUCCACUGCAUGAUGCAAAAAGCAUUUACCAACAAUAUUUUUUAUACUUUUUUAGCUUUCUACAAUAUUAUAACGUUGUUCCCUUGUCAAAAAACAUGCCUGAAGAGGAUUUAGAUGUCAUCCAUAGAUGUUUGAGUAAUUUAGUGAUCGCUAUGUGGCCCUAUUCAAAUCCUUCUUAUAAGAUACACGAUAAUUCUCCAUAAAUAUAGAAAAACUUUACUCUACAACUUCACAAACCUGAUCCAAUGUGGACUAAGAGCGUCAAAAUCGAAAGGGAAACCUAUAAAACACAUUAAUGCAUUUUUUUUUUUUUGCGAAUACAGUAUUUUCAAAACGAUAAAAGGCAAAUGUAAACGCUGUGGAUCUAAAUACGUUACACAUUAGCUCUAUUUCAUUUCUCUCCAGCGACUAGUUCAGGAAUCAGAAUACACUAGACGUUUUGCAAGAAUCCCGGAACUUGUAGACGGCGCACCGACCAAUCAGCGAAGAGCCGUGAAGUCAUGACGUCAAACUCGUGGUGUCUGUCUGUGUCCCUUUUGUGGAACAGCACAACAGUAAACAAAGCGUCGAGAUGGAUGUAGACGAAGACAGACAUUCUGUGUUGGCAACGAUUCCCGAGAUCGAGGAUUUAAAGCCUGAACAAAGAGAAAGUUUGGUGAAUUUUAUCAAGGGGAAAGACGUUAUUGUUCUUCUUCCUACGGGAUUUGGUGCAUUACAAACGUCACGACCAAACAGCAGUGAUUGGUUAAAUAAAAAAGUACCCACCGACCGUCGAGCGAAUGAAUCCUAAUGCUGCGAGGUUAGACAGUUUCUACGAAGUGAAACUGUCUGACCUGGCAGAGAUGAAUCAGGCUAUGUUAACACCCCAUGGAUUUAAAAUCUUUCUUCCUCUUUAAAGCUGCGUGUGGGAACAGAUUAUGUAGCGACGCUGCCAUCUUCUGGUGAAGCGUGACAUUGCUUUAUAUGAACUAGAAUGAUUUUAGUGCAUUGCCAAAUUACCCAAGUUGAAUUUUAUUUAGUUAGAAAUACAGCUGAUGCUUUUACCUCUUUAAUUUUCAACUAUAAUGUUGUUAGUUAAAAUAUUUUUUUAAAUACAUAAAAUUUGUACAAAAACGCAAUGGUAUAGAAUCAUAUUUAGACCUGAAAACCAAAUCUCAUACAGUGGAAAAAAUAAAAAUAAAUAAAUCAGUGUUUGUUUAAAUGACUACAGCACAUCUAUAAAUGGGAAAAUUCAUAUCUUUUCUUAUAAGCAUUUGCAAAUUUUACACUUUUAAUACAAUAUUCAAAAAAAAAAAAAAACUAAAAAAAAAAAAAAUUUUAUGUUUGUCUUUUUAUUUAAUUUUCGCUUGUAGCACAGCAGUGACUCCACCACAGCCUUGACCCAGGCACGAGGGACGUCUAAAUGCAUGUAUAUAAUAAAAAAAACAUAUAUAUAUCGUGUUUUAUAUAUAUGUAGAGAUAAAGUGAAUGUACUGGAGGUGCCCGCUGUAAAGAUGUUUAAAUGGGAGCGGUGGUUUUGUUUGUCUCUAACAGUUUUUGUUGAUUUUUUUGUUUUUUGUUUGAUUUUUUUUUUGGUGCUUUGGUCAUUAAGUGUAAAAGUGUAAGUACUAGUUGUGUUUCUAUCUGUAUUUUCAAAUUUAUAAGCAUUUUUCACAACUUUCUGAAGCCAGAGUUUAUUUGACGUCAUGCCGACACUAGCAGCAACCACACACUUCCUGAUUAUCAUACAAAAAACAUAAAUAUUAGACUUAUUUUGUCCUGAAGAG